AUGUCACAAGCUUCACUUCAAACCCGUCUCAAAUUCAUCCUCCAAAGCCGCCCGGAGAGGUGGCUUUACGCCAUAUUCUGGCAAGCUUCCAAAGAAAUUGACGGUCGUCUUGUUCUCUUGUGGGGUGACGGCUAUUUCCCCGGCACCAACAGUGACUUGCCGGAUUCUAGAAGAAAUGGUCAUGGUCACCUGAUGUUAAGUUAUGAUGAUGAUGUUUCAGAUUCCCAGUGGUUGAUUAUGUCUUCGGUUGAGAUGUGUUUUCCGGCCGGACAUGAUGUUGUUGGCCGGAGUUUUAGUUCGGGAUCUCAUCUGUGGUUGGCUGGGGACGUAGAAUUAAAGAAGUACAAAAGCAAAAGAGCUGAACAAGUUAGGGCUCAUGGAAUCAAGUCCUUGGUUUGUAUUCCCACUUCAAAUGGUGUGGUUGAGUUGGGUUCUUGUGAUACUGCCAAAGAAGACGUAGGUCUAAUCCAGCUGACGAAAUCCAUCUUCGAACCAGAUAGUUUUUUCAACAUCAACCUCGCCCAGAUUGUUGAUGAAUGUGAAAUCCCUAAUCGAGGUAUUUGGAAUCAAGUGAGGGAAGAAGGACAGGAAGAAGUGACAUUGAAGAAGAUGAAUAUGUCAUCUUCGAAUUCAGAUCCAUUUGACCUCGACAGCUCCUCGCCGUCGACUACCAACAUUACAAGUUUGCCAAAAAAGAGAGGGAGACGUGCAAAGGGAGCUACUGCACAGCCGGCGGAAGUUAUGCCACCAGGAUAUCACGUGGAGGCCGAACGGCAGCGAAGGGAGAAGUUAAACCAUCGUUUCUACGCCCUACGAAGUGUCGUUCCUUACGUUACAAAGAUGGACAAAGCAUCUCUACUGGCGGAUGCAACUACGUACAUCGACGAGCUCAAAGCCAGAAUCCAAACAUUAGAAAAGAAAGUGGGAUCARAAUCAUCACAGAUAAAACCGCCACAAAACGAAAUCCAGAUGAACUCCAACUAUUAUGACUAUAAUCCUAUUCAAAAUUCAAGAACUGUCUCCAGUAAUCCCGCAGCAAACAGAUUUGAAGUCGAUGUGAAAAUACUUGGAUCCGAAGCCAUGAUCAGGGUUCAAUCACCGGACAUGGACCAUCCAGCAGCGAGGUUGAUGGAUGCACUUAGAAGCCUUGAUUUAAGAGUUCAUUAUGCGAGUGUUUCAAGUGUGAAAGAUUUGAUGCUUCAAGAUGUGAUUGUGAAGGUUCCUGAUGGAUUCACAACUGGGGAAGAAACCUUGAGAGUUGCUGUUCUUAAGAAUAUGUGCUUGGAUUAAUCAUCAAUGUCCACGUUUCUUCAAUCUGUUCUUCCAGCUAUUUGAUCAAUAUUGUCAAUAAUUUUAGCAUCGAACAGUGCUUAUGGUUUGAAUUAGUACAUAUAUUAUUAGUUCCGAUUGCAUCUUAAUACA